AUGUCUCGUUCCUUAAAAAAGCCUUUAUACGUUAAUGAAAAAAUCCAAACUAAGGUGGAAAAAGCCAAUCAGUUAGGAAAAAAAAUUGUCUUUAAGGUUUGGGAUCGGGCUUCAACUAUCACUCCGGAAAUGAUUGACCACACUCUCCUUAUUCAUAACGGGAAAAAAUUUCUUAGUCGCAAGGUUACUCAAGCCGUAAAAAGGGCGAGCAUGGCAAGGCCGGCAGCAAACACUAAAAAUGCAUUAGCCAAAAUAAAUCCGCCCGUAUCUUUGGCUCCUAUUGAGGAGUAA